UGGAUUGAAUGGGCUCGGUUCACUCAGCAGCACUGCGCCCUUCACUUUAUCGAUAUUAUCGAUCAGUUUGGAGACAUUUAGCCCCACAGCGGGUCCCUUACUGAGGCUAGCCCGGGAGCUAGCCCGGAACACUGGAGGCUAACACCGAUGGGACGCGUGUGAAGCAGCCCGGGAGCUAACAGCAGCCUGGCGGAAAGAAAGAAACAAGGAAGCGGACAGCUAGCUGCGAGGCUACACCGAAGCUAACGUUGGCUAACUGCUGGCUAAUAUUAUUUCUAAUGAGAGACCGAGGAGUAUGCGACCUGAGACCAAGAGCUGACUUGUUGGGUGAUGUCGGGCAGUAAGGCGCUGGGCGGGGGGGCAGGCGGGGGGGCGAGGCGCAGGCGGACGCGGUGCCGGCGCUGCCAGGCCUGCAUGAGGACCGAGUGUGGAGAGUGUCACUUCUGUAAGGACAUGAAGAAGUUCGGAGGGCCCGGCCGGAUGAAGCAGUCCUGCCUCCAGAGACAGUGCACGGCGCCGGUCUUGCCUCACACGGCGGUGUGUUUUGCAUGCGGCGAGGCAGGGAAGGAGGACACGGUGGACUCCGAGGAGGAGAAGUUCAACCUCUCUCUGAUGGAGUGCACCAUCUGUAACGAGAUCAUCCACCCGAGCUGUCUGAAGAUGGGUAAAGCCGAAGGAAUCAUCAAUGAUGAGAUCCCAAACUGCUGGGAGUGUCCAAAGUGCCACAAGGAGGGCAAAACCAGUAAGGACCAGCCGGAUGGCUCGGGGAAGCGGCGGCUGGAUAACGGCGAGGUGGGCCGCUGGAAGCUCACAGAUGACCCUCCCCCUAAAAAGAAAGCCCCUCCCUCCCUGGAGGAGGGGGGGAGGACAGAGGGGGGUCACAAGAGGAAGAAGGAGAAGGAGCUGCCUCAGGACAGCGGUCCCAAGAAGAAGAUGAAAGGAGCCCACGAGAAACGCCCCAAAAAGAAACCCAAACAGGAGGCGGUGGAGUCCAACGGUCCCACUUCCUCAGCUGGUGGAGGAGCAGGAGGACUACAGGGCUCCUCCACUUCUUCUUCUUCUUCGUCUUCUCAACCCAGCGGAGGAGGAGGUGGGGGAGGAGGGGGAGGUGCAGGGGGGACGUCGAGUGCGGAUCAGCGCUCGCAUCACAGAGAGAAACUGGAACGCUUUAAGAGGAUGUGUCUGCUGGAGCGCCGGCCUGAGUCCUCCUCCUCCUCCUCCUCCAGCUCCGAGUCUGACUCUGAGUCUGACUCUGACGACUCCCUGAGGGGGGAGCAGGCGGGAGGAGGCUCCUCACCUUCAUCCUCCUCACCUGCCCCGCCUCCUCCUGUCGUCUAUGGCAACAGCAGCGGCGGGCGGGCUGAGCGUGAGAGGAGUCGCAGUGAGCGUGAGAGGGAGAGGGAGAGGGAGCGGCGCCUGGCCGAGCUGGGCUUCAGCGCCAGCGAGGAGUCGGAAGGGGAGGGGGGAAGGGGGGAGGAGGAGGUGCGAGAGGAAGAGCAGGGAGUGGGGGAGAAGGCACGACGGAGAGGAGGAGAGGCGGGGUUACCUCCACGAGGAAGGAAAGGAGGACUGCUGGACGGAGAGGAGGAGGACACGCCCACCUCUGACAGGACCAGGAAAAACUCCGCCUCCCUCCCUCCACCCUCACCCCUCUCCUCCAAUCAGAUGCCUCCAUCCUUGCAGCAUGACGGCUUCACGGGGAAGCAGCGCAGCAAUGGGCAGGAGGCACGCAACGGGCGGACACGAGGAGGGACGGGAGGGGGAGCAGGGGGGAGGGAGGGAGGGGAGAAGGAGAAUGCCAGUGGCGUUCUGACUAAUCACAGACACAGCGGCGGAGGAGGGGGUGGGACCAAAGGCAGCGGGAGCCGCGGCAACAAGAUCCGUAGCAACAGUAAGAGCCAGACGUCCAGGAGCAACAUGUCCUCCCCCUCCUCCUCCAUCCCCACCUCUAACGGAGGGGGAGGGGGGGGAGGUGGCCUGAUGAUGUCAGCCAUGGCGGCGUCUCCCUGCUCACAGCCGUCCCGUCUGGCCCCGCGCUCUCAGAUGAUGAAGCGCAGCCCUCCGGCUGUGCCCUCGCCCCCCCGGCCCGUUCAGAUGGAGAGACACCUGGUGCGUCCCCCGCCCACCUGCCCCGAGCCCAGCUGCCUGCCGCUGGACUCUGGCUCCUCCCACAUCAUGACACGUGACGUGUGGCUCCGAGUCUUCACUCACCUGAGCCAGAGAGAGCUGUGUGUCUGCAUGAGGGUGUGUCGCACCUGGAGCCGCUGGUGUUGUGAUAAAAGGUUGUGGACUCAGAUCGAUCUGAGCCGGCAGCGCUCCAUCACCCCCCCCAUGCUGAGUGGUAUCAUCCGCCGACAGCCCGUCUCCCUCAACCUGGGUUAUACCAACAUCUCCAAGAAACAGUUAAUGUGGCUCAUCAACCGCUUACAAGGUCUGUUGGAGUUGAAUGUGUCGGGGUGUCCGUGGCAGGCGGUGUCUGCUCUGUGUCAGGCCGUCUGUCCCUGUCUGAAGCUGCUGGACCUCAGCAGAGUGGAGGACCUCAAAGACUCUCACCUGAGAGAGCUGCUGGCCCCCCCACCUGACACCAGGACAGCUCAUGGUGAAAGCAGAGUGGGGCGUUUCCAGAACGUGACGGAGCUGCGACUGGCUGGUUUGGACCUGACGGACGCGUCGUCUCGUCUGUUGGUGCGUUACGUCCCUCACCUGAGCAGGUUAGACCUGAGCCACUGUGGGAACAUCACGGACCAGACGGUGCACACCCUCACCUCCCCCAUCUCCCCCCUGAGAGAGAGCCUCACCCACAUCAACCUGGCAGGUUGUGCAAAGGUGACGGAGCAGUGCAUCCCGUUGCUGCGUCGCUGCCCCUCCCUACAGACGGUGGACCUGCGCUCCUGCUCCCUCCUCUCCUCUGAGACCGGACAGCUGCUCUCCUUCCCCUCCCACACCUCCUCCUCUUCCUCCUCCACCUCUUCAUCCUCCUCUUCCUCCACCACUACCACAGUCGCUGCUUCAUCCUCCUCCUCCUCCACGUCUGCCUCCUCCUCGUCCUCCUGUCCUCCUGAAGACAGAACGCUGCUAAAGAACAGCUAAAGUCCUCCUGCAGGUCAUGUGACACUUGAGUCAUUGGUCCAGACGGCCUGUAAGCCCCACCUCCAACCUCAUUACACUACAGACGGGUGAGGGAGAUGAGGAGGAGGAGGAGGCAUCUGUGCAACAUUUCUCCUGAUGUAACAAGUCCAGCGACCAGAAGAAGAGGAGGAAGAAGAGGAGGAGGAAGAGGAAGCUGUUUUAGGAAAGUUGUGGGUAAUAGGUAAAAAAUAGAAACCCUGAGCAUGUACAUAUUUGUUCUCUGUACAAUUUUGGGUGUGUGUAUAUAUCUGUAGUUUACUGUAAAUGACCCUUAACCUUUGAGACAUCACCCCAACACUCCUUUCCUUCUCUCCUUCCCUGCUAUCCUUCCUUCCUUCCGUCCUUCCACCCUUUGACCAGUCAUCACUGGGCAUCACCUGCUCGUCAGCAGCUGCAGAAAACAGGGGACAGAAAAUCAAGACUUCAUGUUGGUCACAUUUAGUUUGUGUGAUUUGACAGGUGACAUCAUCGACACCCCCCCAAAAAAAAAAAAACAACAACAACAGGAAGUCAGAAACUUGGUUUGUUUCUGGGAAGUUUAAAAUAAGGUCAGUGUGACGUUUGCAUCUCUGAGCGUUGGUCAGACACCGAGACUAACAGUUUCCCUUUGCUUCCAGUCUUUGUGCUAAGCUAGGCUAAACACGUGUGUCUGCUCUGACUCUGGGCGAGCGGACGCCUCGUCUCUCUGCGAGGUUUGGAAUGGUUAAACGACUGUUUUCACUAUUGAUGAAUCCGCAGAUUAUUUCCUCCAUUGUUUGGUCUGUAAAAGAAACGUUUUUAGAGUCCAACGUGAUGUCUUCGUUUGGUCCGACAGUCCAAAGGUCAAAGUUCAGUGAGAUGAAACAGAAACCGUCACAUCAGUGAAGCUGAAACGUUCUUUAAGAAAUGACUCAAACAAAAAAUCAAAGAUCAGUAACAUCAGAAGAGACGAUUGAUCCAUGAGACGUCUGCAGCUCUGACGUUCAGUGUGUCCUGAAGAUUAAUAUGAAAAAUAAAGUUUAUAGUGUCGUGAGAGAAAAUCAGAAAUCAUUUCCUUUGUAGUGACGAGCCAACGGACAUCAUAGUGAAUGUAAACACACCUGUGUGCGUGCAUGUGUCCGUGUGCGUGUGUGUGUGUGUGUUGAAAACAGUGUUAAAUGUGACUGUAUGAACCCAGUGUGAACCAGUAAGACCAGUAAGAGACACCUCAAACACUGAUCGGCAGCACAGUUCCUCUGAAUGUUCUCAGUAAACAGGAAGUGAUUCGACCACCACCCGUGACAGUGACGGCAUAGCUCUCACCUGCAAGCGCACCUUCUGCCUGUUUACAUUGAAAACCAUGGCGUGUGCACGGGCCCCGCAGUGACCUCAUCAUAUGUCACAGAUAUCAAAGUUACUGUCAUGUCAGACCACAGAGAGCAUCUGAACCUGGAAAUAUCACAUGAUCAUUAAAGUAGUUAGUGAUUAUUUUUCUGUUCUGAUUAAUUGUCUGAUCGUCGCAGCUUCAGUCUGACGUUCAGCUGAAGUUAAACCUGCAGCAGGUCGUUUAAAUUUAACACGGACAUGAAUCAGACAGAUGGAGCUAAGCUAACAGUUUCCACCUGCUCCCAGUGUUUGUGCUAUGCUAAGCUAAAAGUUUACAACUACCUAGUGUCUGUGCUAAGAUAAGCUAACGGUUUCCACCUGCUCCCAGUGUUUGUGCUAUGCUAAGCUAACAGUUUUUACCAGCUUUCAGUGUUUGUGCUAUGCUAAGCUAACAGUUUCCACCAGCUUUCAGUGUUUGUGCUAAGCUAAACUAACCAGACGUAUCUCUGAAACAGAUCCAACAGUUUCAGUAAAAUGUCCGACUGUUCCUUUAAAUGCCUCGCAGUGACAUCACUGGUGUGAAGGUUGUUCAGGUGUGUUUUGGGGGUGUUCUUCUUCCUGUGUGUGUGUGUGUGUGUGUGUGUGUGUGUGUGUUAGACCGACAGCGCUGGGUGUGUUUGAAUCUGAGCCUCAGUGUCUUCAACGUUCGCCUCAUUUAUUCAUUCAUCUUCCCCUCUUUGUCUUUAAACAUCUGCUCCUCCUCCUCCUCCUCCUCCCAUGUCCAUCACCUCUGAUCAGAUUCUUUUGGGAAGUUAUUGACGAUGUUUUUUCUCAGGAGUAUUUCUUAUAUUUAUUUUCCAUCAGUCCGAACACACAUUCCUUCAGAAUGUUUCACAUGUUGUUUCUGUGAUGAACAUUUCCUCUGUUUGCUGCGUCCUUCAGGUGACUCUCACCUGUAUGAAUAUGUUUCUACGGAAGCCCAUUUCUGCCAAAUAAGUUUAGAAUAAUCACGGUACGUCAAGAUGAUCAGAUACUGAAUCAAGAUUAUGACUCGUUUUGAAAAGUCAUCACCAUGACACACUGUAAAUGAUCUGCGUUUGGUUUCUAUUAAUUUGACUUUAUGUCUCAUUAUCUGGAUUUUUCUAACUCAUGAUUCUUUUUGAUAAUUUAAUAAUCAUUUUGACUCAUCUUCAUUCGCUGUCUCACAAUCUUGAUUCUGUUUUAUGAUCUAAUGAUUCAGAAAGUUGUGAACUUGAUCCUGACGAGUUAAACUUUUCUUGAGUGUCUUCGUAUUUAUUCCAAACUUUACAUCAGUUUUUUGGCUAAAAUGGGCUCCUGUAGUUUCCUCAGGGGCCUCACUUAUGAAAAAAACUACAAAGUCAAUUUCACGCCAGGAUUGUUGUUUGAUGCGUCCCAUAAAAAGUGCAAAGACAGAAGUUUUUCAUAAGUGACGCUCGGAGAUGAAUCACGUGUCGACUGUGACUGUUUACUAUCCGUGUGUCCUGGCUGUCUAUUCAUCAGGCAGCGGCACUGAGCGCUUCUUUACUUCAUGUUCAUGUUCAAAUCAAACAGCAGCCAAACUCUUUGUGGACGACACUGACUAGAAUCAAAGUUCAGUAGAGUUCAGGCCGCUUUAUACUGGCUAGCAUGUUGGUUAGCUUGUUAGCUUCACAGUCUCAUGUUAGCUUCAUAUGAUGUAGCUCGUUGGCUUCAAGCGUUCUGUCACAGGUGUGUUUGCGUUACCUCUGCUGCACUGUUCUCUGAGAAAAACUGAAUCCACGAUUCAAAUUAGGUCGAGAAAAGGAGCAGGAAACAGUCACUGGCUAGCUAACAUUAGCUGCUAAUUAGUGGUUUAGUUCAAGUGGUUCAGGUUAAUCUGAUCUUGUUAAUGAGCUGUGUCGUUAGACUUUAGAGAAAGAUCUGUCUCUGUAUUAUAUAGUGUGAACAGAUUGACAAUCUGUGUCUUCAUGUGUAAUCUGUAAAUAUAAAACACCUUCCUUAAAUACAGAAAAGAUUUUUAAAUUCACAAAAAUAUUUUGCAAAUAUAAAACAGAUCAGCAAAUACACAAAUCCCAACAAAAAGAACUGCACAAAAUGUAAAUCUGCAGCCUUGAACUGAGAUCCACAGAUAUCUGUUUGAAAGUUGUAAAUGUCAGGAAAUGUUUUUUUUAUUUAUUUGUAGAUUAAUUACAUUUAUUCAGAUAUUUUUUAUUAUGUGUGACAUUUGUGUAUUUGCAGCUGCAUUUUUAUUUGCAAAGUAGUUUCUGAUUCAUGGGAGGUGUUGAUCUGUUCAUACAAAUAAUACUUGGACAAAUCUAUCUCCAUAUUAGCCCGUUAGCAAACUGGGCUAACAGGCUAACACUAGCUAUCUAAUUAGUGUUAGCCUGUUACAAAGACAGUGGUGGUUGGGGAAUGUUAGCUGUAGUGCAAAGUCAGAAAAAUUAAAACUAAAAAACAUUUAUAUUUCACCGCGGAACACAGCUUUUGUCAAGCUAUGGGGACAAGUUAUGCUAACAGUAGCUUGUAAGAAAACUAAUAUGUAGCUAACAAAUAAAUUGUAUUCUAGUGUUUACAAAUAUGCUGAUUAAUUUCCCGAACUUUAGCCCAUUUCUGUAAAUUAGCUAACUAAUUGGCCCAUGAGCAUGCUGAGGAAACAAGCUAACACUGGCUAGCUAACCAACAUUAGCUUAAUGGAGAAUGAAGGUUAUGCUACCAUUAGCCUGUGAGCCUGCUAAUAUGUAGCCAGCUCCUCAUAGAAGAAGUGUUGCAGUGGUUAAAAGCUAAUGAAUCUGCUUCAUCUGCAUUGUAAGUGAGCUCACUUAUUAGCUCAUUAGUAAGGUAACAGGCUAACAGUAGCUUGCUAAUUAGCGUUUGCUUGCUAUAAAGGCAGCGGCGGUUGGGGAAUGUUAAUGACAAGUCAGAAAAAUUUAAACUGAAAAACAAAUAGGAACAUUUAAAUGACACUGUGGAACAGAGCUGUUAGCAAGCUACAGGGACAAGUAAUGCUAACAUUAGCUUGUGAGCAAACUAAUAAAUUGUUUUGCAGCAGUUAAAUGCUAAUUAAUUUGUUACACUUGCAUAUUGAUGAGCUAACUUAUUCAGUAAGUAAGUAAAAUAAAAUCUACAAAUUAAAUUAUGUCUGAAAAAGAGCGGGAAAACUACCAUGAUUUAACGCUAAUUAAUUUCCCAAACCUUCGUGAGCUUGUUUGCUCAUUAGCAUUAAAAAGCAGAUGUAAGCUAGCUGCACCAGUUUGCUCCAGUACAAGCAGAGGAGGUUGUCGGGUUUAAAUAAAGAUUAUUAUUAUUAUUAUUAUUAUUAAUGUUUAAUCUUUUAGUUAAUCAACAGAUUAAACUUUAAUUUUAACGAUCGAUUGAACGUUUUAAAGCAUUUAUUAAAUAAAAGACAUAUUCACUGUCUCAGCUGGUUUUCUGUCUAUUACGUCAGUAAAAAUGAAUAUUUGGGGGUUUUGGACUGAUGGUCGGACUAAACUGUGAAAUCUGAGAAUCUUUUCUCUCUUUGUUUUUUUGAGAGAUUUUUAUUGAAAGUUUCGUGGCAGUGCAGUAGAGGUAAUAAGGUAAUACCGUUAGCUACGUCAGCUAGCAGGUUGGUGUUAGCUGGUCUGCUGUAGUCUAUGAAAUAAAAAGUAUUAAUAGAUCAAUUUGAAAAUGCCAUAAACGCCUUGUUGUGCCAUAAACACACCAGAUCAAUGUUUCACUGUGUUUAAAGUUCAGUUUUUAUAUUUUAUUUUUUGUAUUCAGAUGUGAUUUAGUUGUUUUUUUUUUGUUUUUUUUAUUGUAACUGUAAUGUGGGGAUCAAUGAUGCAUAUCACAGCUUCAAACUUAACCUAGCAACAAGUGAGGAGAUCAUAUCUGAUUGGACGGAAAAGCCUUGACUCCUGAGAGCUCUCAUCCAAUCAGACGCUCAGACAUAUCUCACCUUUUCUCUGUUGUCUUAUCUUAGUUAAAAAAAAAAAAAAAAAAAAGUCCGAAUCUCUUCAUCCAUGUUUCAAGAUGCACUGGACCAUCAUCAUCAUCAUCAUCGCCUUCAUCCUCACCUUUUGCCAAAUGUAGUUUUUGUUGUGAAAAGGGGCAUUUAUCUUGUUUUUUGUUCUUUUUGAUACUUUGUCCAUGACUCUUCCGUUGUGUUGAUGAAAAAAAAAUGGGGAAGAAGUUGGAACAAAAAGUAAAAAGACACAAAAAGACCAACUCAAGGCAGCUACGUAUGAGUGACUACUGUAAAAUGACUAACUAAUAAAGAAGCAAUGGGUUUGUUUUUAC